CUCAUUUUACAAAUUAAGAAUCUUUCGAGAAAGUGACGAAACGGAGAGAGAGAGUCUCAAAGAGAAGUAAAUUUCUUCAUGAAGGAGCAGCAAGCAGCAGCCGCAAUGGAGGUAACAACCGGCGAGGAAUUGCAGGAGGUAGACGCCAGGGACGCGGAAAUUCAUGAUCGGGAUGAGCUGGUGGAGACGCCGAACGCCGUCGUUCUUGCCGACGGAGUCGCGACGGCCGAGGAGGGGAAAAUCGAAGAGGAUAAUCGUGUAGAGAGGAAGACGGAGAGCGAGACGCCUCCAGAGGAUGAUUGUUGCCCGAUCUGUUUCAGCUCAUUUACGGUUCCGUGUCGAGGGAAUUGUGGUCAUUGGUAUUGCGGAAGUUGCAUCUUGCAGUACUGGAACUAUGCUGCAGUGUCUAGGCCUUGCAAGUGUCCCAUGUGUGCUCGGCACAUCACUAAGCUGUCACCGGAACCAUCCUUGCAACAGCACCAGGAGCAAGAGGUGAAGGAGGUUCUUGCAAAUAUCCGUAGGUAUAAUCGUCUCUUUGUUGGAGGUCUAACUGGGUUUGUUCAGAAGGUGCAGGAGCUGCCUUUGCUGAUGAAGAGAAUGGUGUGGCACAUGAUGGAUCCAGAUACAAACAAUCUGUAUUUUCACGAAGUGCGCAUCUUUGCAAUGUUCAUCAGUAGCCUUUACACUGCCGCAGAGUUUAACUUCAUCCCAACGGGAGGGUUCAGAAUAGUGACGGUGUUCGACUACGCUGCUAUUGCAAUGAUCCUGAUUCUGCGCUUGGUGGGGAUUUAUCGGAGGAGACGGCUUGCUCAGCGGGUUAGGCAUCUUGCGGCUGUAGAACUUGAACCGGAAUGAGAUCAAAUGGAGCUUCAACAAGAACCUGUGAAUGUAUUAACAUUUGAAGAAGCGUUUGUUCCUUGUGGAUAGGUUUGGUAGAUCAUAGUAACCCAAGGAUUAUUGUGCAGUUUUAAUAUCAAUAAGCAAUCAUAUUAUCCUUUGGCAUGUGCACA